AUGGCCGACCACGCAUCCCUCGAAAUGUCCGCGGCGUACGACUUCCUGCUGAAAUUCAUCAUCAUCGGCGAAGCAGGCACGGGCAAAUCGUGCCUCCUCCACCACUUCAUCCACAACCAGUUCAAGGAGCAAUCAGCGCACACGAUCGGGGUCGAGUUCUCCAGUCGCCUCGUCAAGAUCGGCAACAAGUCUGUCAAGCUUCAACUCUGGGACACGGCGGGGCAGGAGCGGUUCCGUUCCGUCACACGGUCCUACUACCGCGGGGCAGCGGGGGCACUGUUGGUAUACGACAUCACAAAGCGAUCCACCUUCGAACCGCUUUCCCGCUGGCUGACGGAUGCGAGGGCGCUAGCCAGCCCCGAUCUGGUCGUCGUGCUCGUCGGCAACAAGACGGACAGAGGCGAGGACGAAAGGGAAGUGGGCUAUCUAGAGGCGAGCAAGUGGGCCAAUGAGAAUGGCGUGCUGUUCUUGGAAACCAGCUCGAUGACGGGCGAGAAUGUCGAAGCACCAUUCGCGCUCGCGGCGAGAAGCAUCCUGUUGGCCAUCGAGUCGGGCAAGUUGGACCCCGAGAAGGCCGGCUCGGGCGUGUCGUACGGCGAUAGGGCGUUGAGAAGGGUCGGCAGCGGAAGCAGGUUUAGCUUUGCAGAUAUGGACCCGAGACCGCAGAGGAGGGCUGGGGCGGCGAUCAAGAUCAAGGAGGUCUUCGAGGGCAAGAUGAACGGAUGCUGUUAG